ACGUUAACGUCGCGCGUAUAUAAACAGCCGAUCCGGUAGAUGCAAUUCGUACGUGUUCGUGUCAUCACUGAACGUUAGAGUGGACACAACAUCUCACAAUGGCCGCGUCGACAAGUCUGGCGCUCGUGCUCGCCGUCUGCUGCUGCUGCUGCUACGCGGCGUCCGUCGCCCCGCUGUCCUCCGCCGACUCCUCCGGCGAAUUCCUGCAGUGCCUCGCCGCGGGCGUGCCUAGCCAGCUCGUCGUCACGCGGGGCUCGUCGUCGUUCGCGUCGGUGCUGGCGUCGUCCGUCAGGAACCCGAGGUUCCUGGCGCCCGGCACCGUGCGGCCGCUCUGCGUCGUGAAGCCCACCAACGCGUCGCACGUCCAGGCCGCCGUGCUGUGCGGCCGCCGCCACGGGGUGCGCCUCCGCGUGCGCAGCGGCGGGCACGACUACGAGGGCCUCUCGUACCGGUCCGUGCGCCAGGAGGUGUUCGCCGUGGUCGACCUCGCCGGCCUCCGCUCCGUGCGCGUCAACCGCCGCGCGGCCACCGCGUGGGUGGACUCCGGCGCGACGGUCGGGGAGAUGUACUACGCCGUCGCCAAGGCGGACGCCGGGCUCGCGUUCCCCGCCGGCCUGUGCCCGACCAUCGGCGUGGGCGGGCAUUUCAGCGGCGGAGGGAUCGGCAUGAUGAUGCGCAAGUAUGGUCUCUCCGUGGACAACGUCCUCGACGCCAUGGUCGUAGACGCCAACGGGAGGCUCCUGGACAAGAAGGCCAUGGGGAGGGACUACUUCUGGGCCCUCCGUGGCGGCGGCGGCGAGAGCUUCGGCAUCGUGCUGUCGUGGAAGGUGAGGCUCGUGGCUGUCCCACGGACGGUGACGGUGUUCAACAUCCAGAAGACGCUGGCCCAGGGCGCCGUGGACGCCGUCACCAAAUGGCAAACGCUCGCGCCGGCGGCGCUCCCCGACGAGCUCACCAUUCGGGUGGUCGUGCAGAACAAGCAAGCCCUGUUCCAGUCGCUGUACCUCGGCACGUGCGACCAGCUCCUGCCGGUGAUGGGCUCGCGCUUCCCGGAGCUCGGCAUGACGCGUGCCGACUGCCGGGAGAUGAGCUGGCUGCAGUCCAUGGUGUACAUCAACGGCGGCACCAGCAGCACGCCGGUGGAGGUGCUCCUGAACAGGACGACCAGCCUGAGCGUCUACACCAAGAACAAGUCCGACUACGUCAAGCAGGCCAUCCCCAGCGCCUCCUGGGAGAAGAUCUUCCCGUGGUUCGACGGCGCCGCCGGUGCGGGGCUCAUCAUCCUGGAGCCUCACGGCGGGAGAGUCGGCAGCAUCGCCGACGGCAACACGCCGUACCCGCACCGGUCCGGCGUCCUCUACAACAUCCAGUACGUCGCGUUCUGGCCGACGACGACGGCGACGCCCGCGGUGCCGGACUGGAUCAAGAACGUGCACGCGUUCAUGGAGCCGUUCGUCACCAGCAACCCGAGGGAUGCGUACGUGAACUACCGCGACCUCGACAUCGGCGAGAACGCGGUGGCCGGCGGCGUGACGAGCUACGAGAACGGCAGGGUGUGGGGGGAGAAGUACUUCGGCGCGGCCAACUUCAGGAGGCUGGCGCUGACCAAGGGGAAGGUGGACGCCAGCGACUACUUCCGGAACGAGCAGAGCAUCCCGCCGCUUGUCUCCACCAAGUAGUGAUCGAUUAGAUAGCAAUGCAGCUGAUGUUUCUUGUGAUAGUUGGUGCAUAUGCGUGCGUGCGUGCGUGUCUUGUGUGUGACAGAUUGAUAGCUACUGGUAUACAGUAUUUGUUUCGUGUUGGAUCAUGAUUUGUGAACGAUUGUGUAAAUUUUUAAUAAUAAUAUAAGAUUUGAAUUGUAAGAA